AUGGAAAACUCAACACUUAAAGCAGAAAACAUAAAGCCUAUUAUCCUCAAAGCUGGUGUUCCUUUAGCUGUUUCUUUGGCUGGUUUGAUCUAUGCAUGGAUCAUAACAAAGAAAAAGUUAUCUAAAGUUUCUUCAUUUUCUGAAAAUAACUCAUAUACCCUUGAAAAUGAAAUCAAUUCUCAUGAUGAUGACAAUUUUUCUUCUAUAGAAGAUGAAGAUGAAGAAGAAAAUGAUAGCUCUAUAGAUAGUAAUGUUCUUUCUAGUAGCUUGGUGGUUCAUGAAAACCAUUCAUGUGUAGAACAAGAGGUUGCUUGCUUAAGAAGCAAGAUUGAAGGUAUGAAAAUAAGAGAAUUGGCUUUAACUUUGCAGUUUGAAAAAUAUUGUGAAAUGAAAGAGAAAGAAUCUAUGCUUAUGGAAAUCGAAAACAUGUUGUCAAUGGAGACGUCUCGUGUCGAGUUCUUCGAUAGAGAGAUUUCGUUCAUAGAGACGGAAACUAUUAAAUUGGAGAAUUUUGUAGUCCAAUACCUUGAGAUUAUUGAAAAGGUUGAGUAUUGGAAAUCAGAGAAUAGGGUGCUUCAUAAGAAGGUUGAGAAGCUACUUAAGAAAUCGAAGGCGCAAUCGGUUUUGAUAAAGGAGCAAACUUUGAUGAUCAAGGUGGGAGAAGAAGAAAUCAUGAGAAACUAUGAUGAAUUGGAUAAAAGGGCUAGUGUGAUUGAUAAGUUAGAAGAUGAAAUUAGAGAGAUGAAAAUGAUUUUGGAUAAAUUGGUAGAUGAGAGGAAUGAAGCAUUGAAGAAGCUUGAAAUGUUAGAAGGUAAACAAGAGUUACAUAAAAAGCCAUUGAAAUAUUAUUUGCAAGUUGAAUCAAGAGAUGUUAUGAAGGGAGAUUACAACAAGGUUGUUAAAGAAUUGGAACAUGCUAAGAAGGAACAUGAAAUUGAGGUUGAAGAGUUGAUUUACUUGAGGAACAUUAAUGUUUGUUUAAGGAAAGAGUUAAUGAAACAUGAAUUGCAUUGUUCCUUUUUGGAUCAUCAUCAUCAAAAUGUGUCAUGCAUUGGUUCUAGUUCUAGUUCUCAUGGUGAGGCUUCUUGUUCUAAAAAGGGGAAGUUGAUUAAAAGGUUGAAAAAAUGGGUGGAUGGUGGUGAAAAGGUUAAAGUGAAAGCAGAAGGUAAAAGCAGUAAUUCUGCUCCUGCUACUCCAAGGUUUUGCUCUAGUGCUUGA